UUCGCGUUCAGGCGCUUCGUCAUACGUCAAACGAGCGUUUGUCAGGCAGGGGGCUGCUGGCUUGUUAAAUUGUUUUGGAAACUUUCCAAACUUUUCCUUCUCUUCCCGAAAAGUGCAGUGCAGCAGUGCACAGAGUGUUUGGUGGCGCUAGAGCUCCCGUGUCCCCCCGUGUGGAACGAUGUCGAAGAAACCUACGACGGGCCCGGCCCUGCAUAAGGUCAUCAUGGUGGGCAGCGGCGGUGUAGGCAAAUCCGCCCUAACGCUACAGUUCAUGUACGACGAGUUCGUGGAGGACUACGAACCGACCAAAGCGGACAGCUACCGUAAAAAGGUGGUGCUGGACGGCGAAGAGGUCCAAAUCGAUAUUCUCGAUACGGCGGGCCAGGAAGACUAUGCGGCCAUCCGGGACAACUACUUCCGCAGCGGCGAAGGCUUCCUGUGUGUGUUCUCCAUCACGGAAGACGACAGCUUUCAGGCGACUCAGGAAUUCCGGGAACAAAUACUGCGCGUGAAGAACGAUGAAAACAUACCGUUCCUGCUGGUCGGCAAUAAAUGCGAUUUGAACGAUAAACGGAAGGUGCCACUGGCGGAAUGUCAGUCCCGCGCCCAGCAGUGGGGUGUGCCAUACGUCGAAACAUCGGCUAAAACACGCGAAAAUGUGGACAAGGUGUUCUUUGACCUGAUGCGGCAGAUCCGCUCGCGAAAGACGGAAGAUUCCAAGACAACGAACGGUCGCGUUAAAGACAAAUCGAAGCGACGAAAAAUCAAAUGUAUGCCAUUAUAGAGCCGAAACAGCGUCAUCCAGUCUACCAUCAGGACCCCGUACGGAGGAAGCUCACCGGCGCGGUUACUAGGCUACUAGGCGCCAGGCGGGGGAAGGCACACACUCAGACACACAUAAACAAAACCCCUCGACGGCCGUGGACACUGCACCAAACAAAUCACAAACAAAAACCAGUGGGCAAAUACUCACCCAUGCGUUCUCUUCAGGAAUCAUAAAACAGUGACAAGCGGUCGAAGAAAGCUUUUUAAAGCAUAAUACUACUCUCGCGAAUCAAGCGCGACCACUCUCACACAUACACGCAACACAUCGCUAUUUAGUAACAUAAUUACUUUAAGGGAAAAGUAAAAACAAAGCCGAUAAGUUCCAACCGACACGAUGAACCCCGUGCGGAAAGGAUAGUUCGAACGAGCACGAAAUGUCUGCAUCUCCUCCCUGCAGCAAGGGAGGUUUACUCCUGGGGGCUACAGUGCAAUGCGAACCGGAAGUGGAACCCGGAAGCCAGAUGGUUCCUGUAAUUGGUGCGCGCUUACGUCUCUAUCCCUACGCGGUUCUACUAAGCUUAGUGAUUGAAUGUAACGCUCUUCUGCUACUCUUUCUCGUGGUGUAGUAGUAGGGGCGCGGUUCAAAACCAUCAUGGUAUUGAUGUAUUUGUUUUGUGUUGUUUUUAAACUCUGCUCACUCACCACCACACCACGCUUUGGUAUCUUCAGUGUGUAGUGGCGUAAUGUUAAGGCAAGGCUCCCCCUGGGAAAGCAAGCAGCGAUGGCAGCAGCUGAGGAACGAAUGUCUAACCUUUACACUGAUUUCUGUGCAUUUCCUGCUCAUUCUAUUCAUAAUCCAUAAAGUAAAACACAAAAAGUGAAGCAAAUUAUGCAAAAAAACACCUCCUCAGCGGUGAUGCGCUUUCUUCACGCGUUCGAAUGCAACAUUUCGCAAUUAGGAGAGUCCAUUUCCAUUUCGCCCGCCAAUCACACGGUGUACAUUCCACCCAUCUCUCUCUCCUCUCUCUGUCCAUCCAAUCUAUCACCGGUCAUACUCUGACCUCCGCUUUCCUGUAGCUGCCGACAUUGUAUUAGCCUCAUGCUCAUCCAUUGCUUAUACAAAAAAUGGGACAAAAAGCGAACCUCAAAACGCGAAAUUGAAAUGCACAGUUCAAUUGAACCGUGUUUCUUUUUCUCCUCUCUCUUAUUUAAGCCUCAAAAUAAAAUAGUGUGCGCAACAUUUACGAUUCACGAUUCUGUGCGAGCGCACACACACUCACACACAUGUCUCACAUGUUUCUGUUGUUAACAUAACUAUAAUUAUUAAUAAUAAUUAAUAAACAAACAAACGAACAAACAAACAAACAAACAAGCAACAUGCAACUUAUCAGGGACGGUUUUACUACUGUAAAGUAAUGAUAAUAGGCUUAUGUGGUUUGCUUUUGUUUUUUUAAUAAGAAGAAAAUGCAAUGCUUUAGUAAUAUUAUAUGUUUUAAA